CUUCUCAUUCUUUCUAGAUAUCUUUCUAGAUGAGUCUUGCAGAAGCCCGCCUCAUUUCUCACUCAAUUGAAACCCAAUCAAUCAGGCAAAUUUUCGUGUGAACUCAAGAAACUACUGACUGAUACCCAUUUUGCUUGAAGGUUCAUUUUAUUAAUGGAGACGAAGGAUUCAGCUCACGGCGGGAGCCAUAUUGUGGACGUUGGUUCAGUGGCGGAGGCUGUGGCUGCCGAGGAUGGAGACGCUCCCCUCUAUCAUAUCGAGAGCCUCUGCAUGAGAUGCGGAGAGAAUGGGACAACACGGUUUUUGUUAACUCUAAUUCCACAUUUCAGAAAGAUACUAUUAUCAGCUUUUGAAUGUCCCCAUUGUGGUGAGAGGAAUAAUGAAGUGCAAUUUGCGGGGGAAAUUCAACCUAAAGGUUGUCAUUACUUGCUAGAAGUUCCAACAGGUGAUCAAAAGAUGUUCAAUCGCCAAGUUGUGAAGUCGGAAACAGCCACAAUUAAGAUCCCUGAAUUGGAAUUUGAGAUUCCCCCCGAGGCUCAGUGUGGGUCUUUAUCAACGGUUGAAGGGAUACUGAUGAGAGCUGCAGAUGAGUUGGCAGCUCUUCAGGAGGAGCGGAAGAAAGUGGAUCCCCAGACAGCUGAAGCCAUUGAUGACUUCUUGGUAAAACUGAGAGCUUGUGCAACUGCUGAAUCAAGUUUUACCUUCAUUCUUGACGAUCCUGCUGGAAAUAGUUUCAUUGAGAAUCCGUAUGCUCCGGCACCCGAUCCAUUAUUGACGAUAAAGUUCUAUGAGCGAACACCUGAACAGCAAGCUGCCUUAGGUUAUCUUGUCGACCCGUCCCCAAGCACAGGUAAUACUUUAGAUGAAACAAGUGUUGCUCCUCAGAGGCAUGAGGAACCACAUGGUUUGGUUGGAGCAAGAGCUGGACGCCGAGCAAUUGCUCAGGGUAAUAGUUCUCAAAUUGCGGAUGCCUUAUUCCGAUAUUCUGCUCCUGAAGAGGUCAUGACUUUUCCAACAACCUGUGGAGCUUGUGCUGCCAAAUGCGAGUGCCGCAUGUUCGUUACAAGUAUCCUACUGCAAUGUCUAUACUUGAAAAGUAGCGUGCAACUAGAUAUUCCUUACUUCCAAGAAGUGAUUGUUAUGGCCUCCUGUUGUGACGCUUGUGGUUAUCGUAACUCAGAGGUAAAGCCUGGUGGACCUAUUCCUGAUAAAGGGAAAAAGAUCAUUGUUCAUGUGAAGAACGUAAAAGAUCUCAGCCGAGAUGUUAUAAAGUCUGAUACAGCCUCUGUGAAAAUACCGGAGCUUGAUUUAGAACUGGCCAGUGGUACAUUAGGUGGACUUGUUACAACUGUUGAAGGUUUAAUAUCCAAGAUUAGUGAAAGUCUUGAGAGAGUUCAUGGCUUUACUUUUGGAGAUAGUCUGGAUGACUCCAGAAAGAGCAAGUGGAAAGAUUUUAGAGCAAAACUUGACAAGCUGAAAAACUUGGAGGACCCAUGGACUCUGGUUAUUGACGAUGCUCUUUCAAAUUCUUUUAUUGCCCCUGCAACCGAUGAAAUUAAGGAUGACACCCAGUUAACCUUCGAGGAAUACGAGAGAUCUUGGGAGCAGAAUGAGGAACUGGGUCUUAACGAUAUGGAUACAUCUGCUGCUGACGUUGCUUAUGAUUAUACUAAUGUCCUGCCAAAUGAGAAGACUGAUGCAUGAAUUAAACCAUGAUUUUGGGUUUUCUUCUUUUUACUUCAGUGUGAGUUUGUGACCACAUUCAGAUGAGUUUUGCUGUAGUAAAUCAUUAUUUUCAUUUGAGUAGUAGCUACUAGCUAUAGAUUUUAUAUACAGAGAAUUUUUGUGCUAUCUAUCCUCUACCAAAAUCAGGUCAGUACAAUGAAAUAUUUGUGAUGAAAUUUUCAGACUAAUCUUUCGUAUGGAGAUGUUUUUAUGAGAUGGUAUCUUGACUUGUAAUUAGGUGUAAAACUGUUUAGACGUAUAGUUACAAUAUGGUGGCGGUGAAACAAGAUAUGGAUG